AUUGACCUAUCAAAGCUCACCAUGGCUUUCUCCGCCAUUUUGAAGGGUUAUAAGAAAUCUCCGCGAGGCUGCCGUCCUGCUGCUCUGAUCUGUAGUUCUGUAUUGUGCAAUGGACGGCCGUUUAGAGACUGAAUUGUAUCCUCUGGGAUCGCGUUACGUCGCUGAAAUAGACAGUGUCCACGACAUAACAGUUGGUACAAAGAGGGGGUCUGACGAGCUCUUCACCUCCUGCCUGUCCAACGGAUCCUAUAUCAUGAGCGCGAAUGGCAACGACAGUAAGAAGUUCAAAGGUGACAUCAGAAGCCCCAGCAUUCCGUCACGCGUGGUGCACGUGCGCAAGCUGCCCAAUGACAUCAACGAGGCCGAGGUCAUCUCCCUGGGCCUUCCGUUCGGAAAGGUCACCAACCUGCUCAUGCUCAAGGGGAAGAACCAGGCCUUCCUGGAGAUGAGCACGGAGGAGACGGCUCAGACCAUGGUCACCUACUACUCCUCUGUCCCGCCCGUCAUCCGCAACCACCCCAUAUUCAUGCAGUACUCCAAUCACAAGGAGCUGAAGACCGACAACUCGCCCAAUCAGGUGAGGGCUCAGGCGGCACUGCAGGCGGUGAACGCGGUGCAGACGGGGGGCAUGUCCGUGGGGGGCAUGCCCGGAGUGGGCGUGGCCGGCAUGGAGGCGUCGGGGAUGGGCGGCCAGAGUCCUGUCCUACGCGUCAUCGUGGAGAACCUCUUCUACCCCGUCACGCUGGACGUCCUGCACCAGAUCUUUUCCAAGUUCGGCACCGUGUUGAAGAUCAUUACCUUCACCAAAAAUAACCAGUUCCAAGCGCUGCUCCAGUACGCCGACUCCCUGACCGCGCAGCACUCCAAACUGUCUCUGGACGGGCAGAACAUCUACAACGCCUGCUGCACGCUGCGCAUCAGCUUCUCCAAGCUCACCAGCCUCAACGUCAAGUACAACAACGACAAGAGCCGGGACUACACCCGGCCCGACCUGCCCACGGGGGACAGCCAGCCCCCCCUCGAGCACCAGGCCAUGGCCGCCUUCGGUGCCCCUGGGAUAAUCUCUGCCUCUCCAUACGGAGGUGCCCAUGGCUUCCCGCCAGCAUUCGCCAUUCAGCAGGCAGGCCUGACGAUGCCGGGAGUCCCGGGGGCGCUGGCGUCUCUGGGCAUGCCCAGUGCCGCCGCCGCCGCGCAUGCUGCUGCCAGCCGGCUGGGCCUGUCGGGCCUGUCUGGCCUGAGCGCCGCUCACUGCGUCCUGCUGGUCAGCAACCUGAACCCUGAGAGUGUAACGCCCAAUUGCCUCUUUACUCUCUUCGGUGUGUACGGCGAUGUCAUGAGGGUCAAGAUCCUGUUUAACAAGAAGGACAACGCGCUGGUACAGAUGGCCGACGGGACCCAGGCUCAGCUCGCGAUGAGCCACCUGAACGGGCAGAAGCUGCACGGGAAGGCGAUCCGCGUGACCCUGUCCAAGCACACCACGGUGCAGCUGCCCCGGGAGGGCCACGAGGACCAGGGCCUCACCAAGGACUACAGCAGCUCCCCCCUGCACCGCUUCAAAAAGCCCGGCUCCAAGAACUACCAGAACAUCUUCCCCCCGUCCGCCACCCUGCACCUGUCCAACAUCCCGCCGUCCGUGGUGGAAGACGACCUGAAGUCUCUGUUCGCCAGCUCUGGUGCCUUGGUCAAGGCCUUCAAGUUUUUCCAGAAAGACCGUAAGAUGGCGCUGAUCCAGAUGAGCUCGGUGGAAGAGGCCAUCGAGUCGCUGAUCGAAUUCCACAACCACGACCUGGGAGAGAACCACCACCUGCGCGUGUCUUUCUCCAAGUCCACCAUCUGAGGGGGCGGAGCCCUGGAGGCACCGCCCACAACGGACUCAUGGACCCGCUCGCUCGGAUCAUUCCUCUAUAUAAACACACACACGUAUACGCACACGCAUGUACACACCACUUCACCCAACGCCUGCACCACUGGGACGACGUAUGCCAGGACUGCACACACACACACACACACACGUGUGUGUGUAUACACGCCACCUCCAUUUAAAGCCUUUAUUAUACUGGCCUUCAUGCUUCGACUCUGCACCCCGGGGGUGAGGGGACUCCUGGAGAACCAACUGCUGCUCCGCACCCUCCACCUUCCACCCUCUGCCCUCCACCCUCCACCCGCUCAGUAGGCGUCCCACCCCCUCCCCCCACCCCCUCCUGCUCAGUGAGGGUAUAUACUUUCCUCUCUAUUGCACUCUCCCUUUCUCUCUGUCUCUCUCACACACACACACUCACACUCUCUCUCUCUGUGCCUUGAAAGCAGUCCCAUGCAGGUUCCUCUCCCUCUGUGGGUUCACACCACUCUGUGUCCAGGCCGGUGUGUCCAGGUGUAGGCAGUGUGUUACACAUCUUUGCUCAUCUCUCCACUCUUAGACCUUUUCACUGUCACCCUUUGCCUUUUUAAACUUAUAAAGACAUUUCUGCUUUGAAAUUCUUCUCUUUGACAAGAUGUCAAAAUGUAAACCCAGCCUGAUAUACAUUUUGUUGACUGUUUACAGCUGUUCUUGAUUCCAUAUUUGGUUUUGUUGUAGGUGGAGAUUUGGUGUAGAAAUCAUGGUUUUGUGGUUUUUAUACAUGUCCGUAGGUGUCUUAAUCUGAUGGUUUUUUCCGUUUUGUCGCAUUAAGGCAUCUACAUAUCUAGGGUGAGCUUGUAGCCCCACCAAAACAGAACCAAAGUUCAGUUCUCAGAGGUGUUGAUGGGAUAUGUAGUCCAGAGCUUGUAUAGAGGAAUAACCCCAUAACUAUGGACUCCACCUCCCA